UACUUAUAGCCAAAAUAUGGAGUCAAACGGCGUCCGACAGUUGGAUAGGUUCCCUCGUCAGAAGAAUCAAAAUUUCUAACGCAUGCGAGGGUGGUUUUCCAGAGACCUUCUGGAAAUCUCUCAAAGAUCUUGGCAUGCCCGACGAUUGCUACAUGCCUGGAUGCCCCCAGAUGUCGUCAACAGCGAAAACCCGAACUCGCUAGCCAGUAAUGUUCCUUAGUUAUUCAAAAAGCAACCGAGUCCAUUCUAUUUUGAAAUAGAUAGUAAUAUAAUAAAAUUACCAAAAUUCAAGCUCAACGAACCAUUAGAAGAUAUUGAACCCACUUGUUUAUAUCACGUUUUCUAUAACAAAAUUGAUUUUAAUGGAAUUAAUGUAUAGGAUGCAUUCUAAAUCUUUCUUGCUAAGGAUUUUUUUUCAUAUUCUAGGUAAAACAAGUUGUGUGUUACGUUUUGUAAAAGGACAAUUUCGAGAUAAUUAUAUUCCAACAGUUGAGGAUACAUACCGUCAAGUUGUCAAUUGUAAUAAACAAAUAACAACACUACAAAUAACUGAUACAACAGGUACUCAUUCGUUUCCUGCUAUGCAACGUUUAUCAAUUCAAAAAGGUCAUGCAUUUAUGCUACUUUAUUCCAUUACAUCCAAACAAACAUUAGAAGAUUUAAAACCAAUUUAUCAACAAAUUCGUGAAAUAAAAGGUGAACAAAAUCAAUUACCUCAAGAUGUACCAAUUAUGUUAAUUGGUUGUAAAUCCGAUGAAACAGCAUGUCGUGAAGUAUCAGAAAGUAUCGGUAAAUUUUUAUCUCAACAUUGGCAAUGUGCAUUUAUGGAAACAUCAGCAAAACAAAAUUUAAAUAUUCGAGAAGCAUUUCAAGAACUUUUAAAGCUAGAUAAAAAGCGACAAUUUAAUUUUAAUGUUGAUCAAGAUGGACAUAUUAUUGAGCCAACAACGGCUACCAAUGAUACUUCGUUACCAGUGAAAUCUGCUGCUGCUACUUCCGCCAAGAGUAGUAUUGCAACAACAUCGUCAAAUAGUCCAAGUAUGGCAGAAACAACUGGUACAAUUCGACCAACAACACCCAUAUUAAAUAAUAGGACUACAACUGUGAAAAAAACUUCAAAUGCAUCUGAUAAUAAUACAAAAGAAUUAGCACAAAAAAACGUAACAAAAAAAGUAUCAUCUAUAUCAUCGACCACAUCGACAAAUUCAUCAAAACGAAAAUGUUUGAUUAUGUAA